ACCAGGAGUCAAAACAAAAGUCUUCUGGAAAGUCCUCCUGAUAUUUACCAGCAAGCUAACCAGCUAACUCACGUAGCUAGCGACAGCCCAGCCACGUUUGUCUCCAGGUGACAUUUAAAAAAACACCUGUGGUAGCUUUUCGUCCGGCACAUUUACACUAUGGAGAUCUCUCAAAAGUUCCGCUCUUUCUACAACUUGUUUUGGUCCGUUUUCGUGGCAUAGCUGGAAGGCUAACGCUGUCUAGUAAUAUCAGUUAGCUUAGCAUUGCUCUCCCCCUCCCCAGCCAAAAGCACCGUUGGACGGCAGAAGUUUAUAACUUUUACUCGCUGGGUUUUGUUUUUGUUUUUGACAGCAACAUCCUCAACAUGUCUAUACUGGGACUAAAGAAGAAACAGCCAAAGACUUUCAAAGUCAAAGUCAUCACCAUGGAUGCUGAAAUGGAGUUCAGCUGUGAGGUGAAGUGGAAAGGCAAAGACCUGUUCGACCUGGUGUGUCGCACUGUUGGUCUGAGGGAGACCUGGUUCUUUGGACUGAGAUACACAGUAAAGGACACCUACGCCUGGCUGAAACCAGAGAAGAAGGUCUUGGACCAGGAGGUUCCCAAGGACUCUCCCAUAACAUUUCAUUUCCUGGCAAAAUUCUUCCCAGAAAAAGUAGAAGAAGAGCUUGUCCAAGAAAUAACGCAGCACCUCUUCUUCUUACAGGUGAAAAAACAGAUAUUAGACGAAGAGAUAUUCUGUUCCCCUGAAGCAUCUGUUCUGUUGGCAUCAUACGCUGUCCAAGCCAAGUAUGGGGACUACGACCCAAACUUUCACAAACCGGGCUUCCUGGCACAAGACGAGCUUUUGCCAAAAAGAGUUUUGAUGCAAUACCAAAUGACAGCUGACAUGUGGGAGGAGAAGAUCACAGCUUGGUAUGCAGAGCACAGAGGCAUCGCCAGGGAUGAGGCGGAGAUGGAAUACCUAAAAAUUGCUCAGGACCUCGAGAUGUAUGGUGUCAGCUACUUUGCCAUUACUCAAAACAAGAGAGACACAGACCUGUUACUUGGAGUGGAUGCUCAGGGUCUUCACAUCUACAGCCCCAACAGCAAACUCAACCCGAACAAGUCUUUUCCCUGGAGCGGCAUCCGCAACAUCUCUUACAGCGAGAAGGAGUUCACAAUCAAGCCUCUGGACAAGAAGAAAGAUGUUUUCAAGUUCUACUCAUCUCAACUGCGUGUCAACAAGCUGAUCUUGCAGUUGUGCAUCGGUAACCACGAUCUGUUCAUGAGGAGGCGGAAGGUGGACUCCAUAGAGGUGCAGCAGAUGAAGGCUCAAGCUAAAGAGGAGAAGGCCCGGAAGAAGAUGGAGCGUCAAAUCCUGGCACGGGAAAAACAGAUGAGAGAGGAAGCGGAACGAGCUAAAGAAGAGAUGGAACGAAGACUUUUCCAGUUGCAGGAUGAGGCGCGACUGGCCAACGAGGCGCUGCUGCGAUCUGAGGAGACAGCAGACCUGCUGGCAGAGAAGGCCCAGAUUGCUGAGGAGGAGGCCAAGCUGUUGGCCCACAAGGCCGCGGAAGCUGAGCAGGACAGGCAGAGGUUAGAGGUCACUGCCAUGAAGACGAAGGAGGAGAAAAGGCUGAUGGAGCAGAAGAUGAGGGAGGCAGAGCAGCUGGCUGUCAAGCUGGUGGAGCAGUCAGAGAGGAGGUUGAAGGAGGCAGAUCACCUGAAACAGGACCUGACCGAGGCAAAGGAUGCAGAGCGGAGAGCCAAACAGAAGCUGCUGGAGAUCACCAAAACAACAUACCCUCUCAUUGCAGCCUACUCUACUCCACCCGCUCCCCCUGCUCCCCCCGAAGCCCCCGACUUUGCCUACGAAUCGGCUUCUACGCGCCUCGACUUCAAGGACUCUGACAUGAAGAGGCUGUCGAUGGAGAUAGAGAGAGAGAGGCUGGAGUACAUGGAGAAGAGCAAACACCUGCAGGACCAGCUGAAGGAGCUGAAAACGGAGAUAGAGUCGUUGAAGCUGGAGGAGCAGCAGCAGCAGGCUGGCCUCUACAACCUCCGCAGUGAGGCGAGGGGAUACGUCCAGGAGCCUGUUUACAUACCUCACAGCAACCGAAACUCCGCGUACAUGUCUCAGAUGGCCUAUUUUGAAGAAGUGUGAUCCGAGUCCUGCAGGAUGAAGAAUGAGGGCACCAGCUGUUGUGACUCUGAGCUUUUUUUUCAUAAUGUUUGGUUAAUUUUUUACCUGGCUGAAGCUAACAGACAGACGCAUACAUACACCAUGACUGUGUGCUUUUGGAAAAGACUUUUAAACUAAUCCUUUACAGCAAACGGCCACUAGUUCGGCCGCCUGCGCAGGCUGUCAAGCUAGAUUGUACCACUUGUCACACUACAGCACCUUCCACAUGCCUUUUAUAUGUAAUGAACACAUUAAUAUGUGUGACACUGAUUCAGGAAAUGGUGCUGAAGAUGGAUGUAUGAACGAGUUUUUGAUGUGCUGAUUUUUAUUUUGUGGCUUUAAGGGACAUUUAUCUGUAAGAUGGUCAGAUGUAAAAUCUCACCUUAAUAACAAGUUACACAAUAAUGCCCUUUACAACAUUUCUGGUCAGGGAUUAAUUCUUAAUUCAAUACCAGCUUUAGAAAAAGUUCUUGUAUUAGAUUAUUGGCAAUUUUUGUUUUUUUUCAGGCUGUGGGAAAUUAUGAAAAACAGUAAUAUCCUUAAGAGAUUGUAAAUAUGGAAGCUUUUGGUCAUUUUCUUUCAAACGAGCAAAGUGCCUCUCAAACUUAGCUUUUAAAAAAUAAUAUAUCAAAACAAAUUCCCAACUUUCUGAUAAACAAGCUCUUAUUAAAUGUGACUAAUAAAUACAUUCACUAUUGGGGCUGGGCAAUAUGGCCUUACACUAAUAUCUUAUUUUCUAACACACGAUACAUACGUGGACAUUUUGAAAUCUCCUGCAAGAGAAAAAAUCAAGUAUGACAAUAUUUUUGACUAAAUAGCUCAACAUUAUUGUAACAGUGUUGUAGGGGUGACUGUUGAUAUCAGAAAAUAGUAACACAGUGAGAUUUUUGUUAAAUAAUCAUCAGUAAUGUGGAUUUAAUGUCUAAGUGGGUAAAGACGAGUAUUAAAACAUGUAGAACAAACUGAGUUCAGAAAAUGUUAUCACUUUACUGUGACGCAGCUUUUAGACACUUCACGUCUAUCUAACAAUCCAAAAUGUGAGACAAUAAAGCGUCCAGUCUCAGGAUAUGUUAUCGAAACAUUGCCCGGCCCUGAUUAAAGAUCAUUCUUGAUCAGUGACAUAUAAUGUGAACAACAACAUGAUGAUCUUGCUCCUGAACGUAUUAAUUGCAGCUUGGAACAAAAGUUUGACUAGCGGACGUGUGCAGCGUCUCCUUGUGACACGUCAUCAGUGUUCCAUCUUUGUUUUGGUCUUUCAUUUGUGUUUGCUUGCGUUUUUUGUAACUGACUUCAUGAACUGCCUUUCCUGAAAACAUCACACAGGUGCCUUUUUAUAGUUUCUAGAGCCUCAGAGUGAUGGUUGGUAGAAGUGUAGUUUACAGCUACAGGCUUCAGCUCUGUCAUUUCAAGUUUUUAUAUUUUGUACUCUAGACUGUCGAUGUGCCUUGAACUUUAUUUUGUACUUUUUAUGAUUUGAGUUACUGAGGUUUUAUUUGGUAUCGUGUCCUCGCGUGUGUCAGCGUUCGGGUAACUUUAAAAUUCGAUUCUGAUUCGCAGAACGGCAGAUUUACGGCCUUUCCAUUUUCUUUUUGUUGCUCUCGUGUUCUUCUCAGGGUUAGUGUCGGAGACAAUCACUGCAGGAAGAAUCUCAUUGUUUUCCCCCUGAGAUACACAGUAUGGAAUCCAACAAUGGUGACUUUUGUUUUGAACAGGCUACUUUCAUUAAACGUAGGUAAAUCCAAUAGGUUCUGCUGGCAGUGGGUGCUCAUUACAACCUUAUAAAAGGGAGAGGCUGGAUGCCAAAUGUACAGCCGGAGAUUCUUCAUGUUUGUUUAUUUGGAACUAUUAGACUCGAUUAUGGACCUAAAAGUGAUAAAUAUCAGUUUGUGAUUGCCCUCAUGAUUAGGUUACAAACAAGUGAGGCUGACCUUGUUUUUAUGUAAAUGUUAUUGUCAAAUGUCCAACUAGAAAUGUCCUUUUUUUCAUCAUUGCUUAAGUGCUUCAGUUUGCAUCUUUAACCUUAUUUAUUUGUGCUGUAAUGCCUUGAGUAACAUCACCGCACACAUUUUCUUGAGGUCUGUCAUUGAGGAGGACUGUAUUGUAAUGUAAUGUCUGUUUUGAUGAUUCUAUAAUGGGAUUUUCCUGCCAAAUUCAAGUCCUAUGAAUAAACAAUUAGGUUUAUUUUGAUUCUCCUGCACAACAAAAGUUUUGUCGGUGAUUUGGAACCCCAGAUGAUUUUUUUGUGUACAUCAUUUCAAUACAACAGUGAUCAUACAACAGUG